AUGUCUUGGGGAUUAGGUUGGAAGAGACCCUCCGAAAUCUUCCACCUUACUCUCAGCUACGGCAAUGACGAUCCACCGGAGAGUCUCGCCCGUACUUCAACCUCCUCCCGUUCCUCAUCAGCAUCUUCAUCUUCCGCGUCCUCUUCUUCCUCGUCAAUAGUAUCUCAGGAUCAGGAUUUAGGUUUUCGAAUUGAAUUGGAUUGGUCAUCAUCGGACGAUGAAGAUCAGGUUGCUUUGAAACUUCAGUCACAACUCAUGGUGGCUUUGCCGAUGCCGCAGGAUACCGUCGUGAUUGAGUUGAUGCCGAUGCCUCGUGACGAUGAGGAGGAUUAUGUGGAUUUGAGUAUGAAGGUGGUUAAGAGAAGGGAUCCGCUUAGGGCGAUUACAAUGGCUAAGGCUGUUAACUCUGGUUUGCAGAGUGAUGGUACUGGUGUUUUGACGCGCUUGUUGCGGUCUGAGAUGGUUUCUUCGACGCCACCGGAGGUUGAUGAGAGUGUUCCACGUGGUGGCGGACAGCAUUGGACCAGUCUUGCUGUGCUUAGUAUUUGUGGUUGUGGCUUGUCGGUAUUUCCAGUAGAACUUACACAAUUGCCGCACAUAGAAAAACUUUAUCUAAAUAACAACAAGCUGAUUGUUUUGCCACCUGAGCUUGGUGAGCUAAGAAGCUUAAGAGUGCUUAGAGUUGACAACAACAUGCUUGUCUCUGUACCUGUGGAACUGAGACAAUGUGUGGAAUUGGUGGAGUUGUCAUUGGAACACAACAAGCUUGUUCGGCCUCUUCUUGACUUCAGGGCUAUGGCUGAACUACGUGUUCUUAGGCUAUUUGGAAAUCCUCUUGAGUUUCUUCCGGAAAUUUUGCCCCUACACAAACUUCGUCACCUUUCUCUUGCAAACAUUAGGAUUGUCGCAGAUGAAAAUUUGAGAUCAGUAAAUGUGCAAAUAGAGAUGGAAAACAGUUCUUAUUUUGGUGCAUCUAGGCAUAAACUAAGUGUUGCCUUCUCUCUUAUAUUCCGUUUUUCUUCUUGUCAUCACCCAUUACUAGCAUCUGCUCUAGGAAAGAUUAUGCAAGACCAAGGAAAUAGAGCAUUUGUAGGUAAAGAUGAGAAUGCAGUGCGUCAGCUCAUAAGUAUGAUAAGCAGUGACAAUUGUCAUGUGGUUGAACAAGCCUGCUCUGCUCUUUCAGCCCUUGCCUCUGAUGAUUCUGUCGCACUGCAGCUGAUGAAGGCAGACAUCAUGCAACCAAUUGGAAUAGUUCUGAAAUCUGCAGGCCGGGAAGAGGUUAUAUCUGUAUUGCAAGUUGUGGUUAAGUUGGCUUUUACAUCUGAUACUGUUGCUGAGAAGAUGUUGACCAAGGAUGUUUUGAAAUCAUUGAAAAUCUUAUGUGCAUAUAAAGAUCCCGAGGUGCAAAGACUAGCUCUGUUAGCUGUUGGGAAUUUGGCCUUUUGUCUGGAGAAUCGUCGUGUCCUUGUUACUUCUGAAAGUUUGCGAGAACUUCUCUUACGCAUGGCUGUUGCAACUGAACCACGUGUUUAUAAAGCUGCAGCUCGUGCUUUGGCAAUUCUUGGAGAGAAUGAAAACCUGAGGCGUGCAAUAAGAGGGAAACAAGUGGCAAAGCAAGGGCUUCGCAUACUCUCAAUGGAUGGAGGUGGGAUGAAAGGUCUAGCAACCGUGCAAAUGUUAAAGGAAAUUGAAAAGGGAACCGGAAAACGAAUACAUGAGUUGUUUGAUUUAAUAUGUGGUACAUCAACGGGUGGCAUGCUAGCUGUUUCCCUUGGGAUGAAGUUAAUGACUUUAGAAGAAUGUGAAGAUAUAUACAAGAAUCUCGGGAAACUUGUUUUUGCUGAGGCGGUUCCCAAGGAUAACGAAGCUGCAACUUGGAGAGACAAGUUAGAUCAGCUUUAUAAGAGUUCAUCACAAAGUUUUAGAGUUGUUGUUCACGGAUCAAAACACAGUGCAGAACAGUUUGAGAGGCUAUUGAAGGAGCUGUGUGUUGAUGAGGAUGGGGAUUUAUUAAUAGACUCUGCUGUAAAAAAUGUGCCCAAAGUUUUUGUAGUCUCAACAUUAGUGAACAUGGUGCCAGCACAACCCUUCAUAUUUCGCAAUUAUCAGUACCCUGCUGGAACACCAGAGGUGGCUCUUGCAGCAUCAGAUAGUUCAGGGAUUGCCGUGUUAACAUCACCUAUGAGUGCACAAGUUGGCUAUAAGCGCAGUGCAUUCAUUGGAAGUUGUAAGCAUCAAGUGUGGCAGGCUAUCAGAGCAUCCUCUGCAGCUCCAUAUUAUCUUGAUGAUUUCUCUGAUGAUGUCAACCGCUGGCAAGAUGGAGCAAUAGUGGCAAAUAAUCCUACAAUUUUUGCGAUAAGAGAAGCACAACUUCUGUGGCCUGACACAAAAAUUGAUACCCUGGUUUCAGUAGGAUCCGGUUCUGUUCCAACUAAGGUACGAAAAGGUGGUUGGCGGUAUAUGGAUACUGGACAGGUGUUGGUUGAGAGUGCAUGCUCUGUUGAUAGGGUAGAGGAAGCUUUAAGUACAUUGCUACCUAUGCUUCCUGAGAUACACUAUUAUCGUUUCAAUCCAGUUGAUGAACGCUGUGACAUGGAACUGGAUGAGACAGAUCCAACUAUCUGGCUUAAGCUGGAAUCUGCAGUUGAAGAAUAUAUACAGCAGAAUCAUCUGGCAUUUGAAAAUGCCUGUGAGAGAUUGCUUCUUCCUUUCCAGCAUGAGGAUAAGUGGUCAGAGAGUCUGAGAACUAAAUUUCCCAAGACAAAGGAGUCAAUUGAGGGUGUGAAUGGCCCCACUUUAGGGUGGAGGCGUAAUGUACUACUAGUUGAAGCUUCACAUAAUCCAGAUUCCGGAAGAUUGAUCCACCAUGCCCGGGCACUUGAGUCAUUUUGUGCUCGUAAUGGCAUACGACUAUCCUUCAUGCAAGGAAGCUUCCCUUCAAGUCCACUUGUGUAUAGUCCUGAUUUUGGUCAAAGGAUUGGACGGAUUGAUCUGGUCCCCCCUUUAAGUUUAGAUGGUCAACAGGGAAGAACAGUCGCAUCACCUCCAAUUUCUCCUCGAGGACUUAGACAGCUCUCUUUGCCUGUCAAAGCAUUGCAUGAAAAAUUGCAGAAUUCCCCACAAGUGGGUGUUAUCCAUUUAGCACUUCAAGCUGACUCAGAUGGCUUAGUUAUUAGUUGGCACAAUGACGUAUUUGUCGUGGCUGAACCUGGAGAUCUUGCUGAGAAGUUUCUACAAAGUGUAAAAUUCAGUUUGCUAUCAACAAUGAGGUGCCAUCGCAGAAAGGGCGCAUCUCUACUGACCAAAAUCUCUACUAUUUCUGAUUUAGUUGCCUUUAAACCUUAUUUCCAAAUUGGAGGCAUUGUUCACCGAUAUCUAGGUCGUCAAACCCUGAUAAUGGAAGAUAAUCAAGAAAUUGGUUCGUAUAUGUUUCGUAGGACUGUCCCUUCUAUGCAGUUAUCAGCUGAUGAUAUAAGAUGGAUGGUUGGAGCUUGGAGAGACAGGAUAAUUAUAUGCACAGGGACAUACGGACCUACUCUUGCACUUAUCAAGGCCUUUCUGGACUCUGGGGCCAAAGCUGUUAUAUGUCCUUCAACUGAACCCCCAGAGUCUCAGUUGACGACCUUGGAUGGUACCAGUGAGUUGAAUGUGAUGGAAAAUGGAAAGUUUGAAAUUGGAGAGGAUGAAGCAGAUGACGAGAACAUACCUGCCAGUCCAGUAAGUGAUUGGGAAGAUAGUGACGCGGAGAAAACUGUAGACUGCGCAUCUUUUUGGGACGAUGAUGAAGAGGAGCUGUCACAAUUUGUUUGUAUUUUGUAUGAAUCAUUAUAUAAGGAAGGUGCUAGUGUUAAUGUUGCCUUGCAACAUGCCCAUGCCUCUUAUCGAAGAAUGGGAUAUGUGUGCCAUCUCCCCGGCAUACAAUAA